AAAUAAACAAGGUGGACCCUCCCCCACACCACUCUCACCAUUGAGACAAAAAAGGGAACACCCACCCUUUUCCCCUUAAUCAUUCGGCCAACCCAUGCCAGCCUAGAGAAAGAAUAUCUCUAGCUCUUCUCCAUUGUUGAAGGGAGUUCAAGGGAGCAAAAAGAUCAAGGAAGAAGAAAGAGUUACGAAAUAGUGCAAAAUCCUUGGAAAUAAAGGAACUUGUAUAAGGUGAUUCAAUAGCUUUCACAAAGUUGAAAGAGUCGCCGGAAUAGUCGCCGGAGUUCAACAAAACUCGCCGGAGUUUCACCGGGGUUCAACCGAGAAGGGUAGAACUUCAUAACGCUCAUUCGAGGUUGAAGCUCAAGUUACUAUUCUCACCUUGCUUGGUGAAGUGUUCCAAAGGAAGACGUGAAAUGGAGAAUGAACACAUGACAACAAGAAAUGACCCUAGAGGACAAGCAUCGGUAGCUUCCCUUGGAGCUAUCCGGGCUAUGUCGCGAGCGCUUAGGGGAAGAGAAGGAGGUCGUGGGGGCCGUGAGGGUUGCCCAGACGGAAUAGUGAUUGAUGGUCACGUGAACGCGGUGGGUAAUACGAACGCUGAGAGAAAUGAUGAAACUCAUAUCCCAGAAAUGGGACAUGAGCAAGCCCCAUGCGAUGAGAAGGACUAUUACGUCAAUGACAUGAAGAAUGACUUCCAUUUUGAUCAAACGGUGGAGGUUCAGGAGCGGUACAAAAAGGGGUGGCGAAGAAAAGAACGUAGGCGUCGGGCUGGAUAUGAUCGAGCUACUUACCAACAUAAUAUGACCGUCAGCCAAGUCCAUUUGUGGAGGAGCAACCAAGGAAAAGAAGGUUCUUCUAAGGCACCGGCAUCACCGGUGAAAAAGAAAAAGAAGUCAAGGUGGCAUACGUCAUGGCUUUACUCUUCGAGACCACCUAAAUGUCCAAAUUACUCUACGAGACAUUUUGGGAGGUGUAACGAACCCCCGAUGUGUUUCAAAUGUGGGAGCACGGGUCAUAUGAAACCAAGUUGCCCAUGGAGGGGUAAAGGAGGGGCAUCGAGAGUCGGGGAAGGGGUCGUGGUGGAAAGAAGCUGUACGGAGGCGAUAGCGGGCAGUGUUACGUCCGUCAACCAAGACAAGGCCCAAACAGGGGUCUAUGCCAUGACCGAGGCCAAUGCUCGGUCCAACCCCAACUCCGUUGCAGGUUGAAACUCAAGUUACUAUUCUCACCUUGCUUGGUGAAGUGUUCCAAAGGAAGACGUGGUUCGUGCUUCCUUUACUGUUUUAAACCACAAACUAUGCUCAUGGAUACUUUGUAAUAAAUACAUUUGUUUUGGGCCUGCGUGCCUACGUUUUGGCCAUGUGUGGCCCAUGAUUGAAUAUUGAAUAUUUCCGCUAUUCGUUCAAUCCUAAUAUGUGAUGUUGUUAUGUAUGUUUACUUACUGAGUAUGUUAUGGACUAUGUUCAUGGACGCCUUGUUUGACUAAGUCACGUUGACUCGCGGGUGACGUCAUUUAGUCAUACGGCGGUUGUACACGCGCUUAGAUGCGGUCUGGGGCGUGACACUUCGAUUCACACUUUGAUGUUUCAAUCUAGAGAGAACCACAUAUGGCAG